AUGGACAAGCCAUUGGGUCUCACUGCCACCAUGAUGUCUUUAUCGGCUGCUGGAAUGUCAGCUGGUGCAUUUCCCGGGGCCUUGCCCGAUUGGACAAACCUCAACAUUCUACAACACAAUACCCUUCCUCCGAGAGCUCAUUUUUACUCUUACUCGGACCAAGAAUCAGCACUCUCAUUUAAUCGGGACCAAAGUCUUUUUCAUAGUCUUAAUGGUACUUGGAAAUUCCACUACGACGCAAGUCCUCUGGAUGCACCAAUCUGGGAAACUGCAAAUACCACCUCAUGGCACGAUAUUGAAGUGCCAGGUAUGUGGCAGCUUCAGGGAUAUGGAAAUCCUCACUAUACCAAUAUCGACUACCCAUUCUCCGUGACACCGCCCAAUGUCUCCUACGUCAAUCCAACUGGCUCGUAUUGGCGUCAAUUCGAGGUUCCCGAAGAUUGGGAAGGCGACCAAAUCCGAUUGAGGUUUGAAGGCGUGGAUAGUGCAUUUCAUGUACGAAUCAAUGGUGAAGAAGUAGGGUAUGCGCAAGGCAGUCGCAACCCUCACGAAUUUGACAUUACAAACUAUCUAUCUUCCGACAAGGCCAAUGAGCUUGCCGUGAGGGUCUACCAGUGGUCUGAUGGAUCCUACAUCGAAGAUCAAGAUCAAUGGUGGCUUUCUGGUAUAUUUCGCGACGUUUAUCUCAUCCCGUUCUCUGAGUCCUCAAUCGUCGACUACCAAGUCGAUUCUGACCUCAGCGACUCUUUCGAUCAAGGUUCCCUCAAGGUCAAUGUCACCAUACAAGGACAAGAAGGAGAUUUAGCCAUCAAGUUGUUAGCUCCCAAUGGCUCAGCAAUUGAUGAGUGGAAAGGAUCAUCAUCUGAUAUUUACAAGAAGCAAAUAUCUGGGGACGACUUCCACCUCUGGUCUGCCGAGACACCUAACCUAUAUACUUUGCUGAUAAUAUUCAAUGGACGGACAAUCAGCCAAAAAGUUGGUCUCCGACGCGUUGAAAUGAAGGGUCCCAACUUUUACGUCAAUGGAAAGCCUAUCAUCAUAUACGGUGUCAACAGACACGAACAUCAUCAUCUCACAGGCCGCACAGUUAGCUACGAGAACAUGCGAGAGGAUCUUCUUCUCAUGAAGCGUUCCAAUAUCAAUACCAUCCGUGCAGCUCAUCAGCCUCACCAUCCUGACUUCUUCGACGUGGCGGAUGAACUAGGUUUCUACGUGAUUGGCGAGGCCGAUCUCGAGUGUCAUGGCUUUAGAUCAUUUGAAGAUACAGAGGAGAAGGCAGCAGAGUGGCUUUCUAACAACCCCGACUGGGAAGAUGCAUAUAUCGACAGAGCUCGUCAACUUGUCGAGCGAUACAAGAAUCAUGCCUCCAUCAUCAUCUGGUCUCUUGGUAAUGAGUGCUUCUAUGGCCAGAAUCACGCUGCCAUGAGCAAAUGGAUCCGAAACAGAGACCCAAGUCGCAUCAUUCACUAUGAGCAGGACCACGAAGCCAAGUCGACGGAUAUGUACAGUCAAAUGUAUACUACUCCCGAUUAUGUUCGACAAUUCAUCAAAGACCAUGGUGAUAAACCAGUGCUGCUAUGCGAGUUUGCUCAUGCUAUGGGCAAUGGCCCCGGUGGUCUGGUAGAGUACAUUGACAUGUUCAGGACUGAGCCGCUAUCUCAAGGCGGUCUUGUCUGGGAAUGGAGCAAUCACGGAAUCCUCAAGGAAGAGGGAAACCUCACAUACUAUGCAUACGGUGGUGACUUCGGCGAUGAGCCCAAUGACGCUGAUUUCAUCAUGGACGGGUUGACGUUGUCUGAUCACUCGCCUAUGCCUUCUCUGAGGGAGUACGCCAAAGUGAUCCAGCCGGUGUCGGUCAAGCUCGCAAAGAAUGGCAGCGCAAUGACUGUUACCAAUCAUUAUGACUUUUUGGAUCUCAGUCAUCUUGAUGCUUCGUGGCAUCUCGUUACAGACGGUCUUAAGACCGACCCUCAGAAUCUUCCUCUGCCUCGUAUCCCAGCAUGCGAAAACAGAACUCUUGCGAUUCCUUCUGGACAAAACACGACUGCUGGCGAGUUUUGGGUCACUGUAGAGUUCAGACUAAAUCAAGAUACUCUAUGGGCUAACAAGGGGCAUCUCAUUGCUUGGGAUCAACUUCACAUGAAGCGAUCCGCUCCAAUGGUCAAAAACACAGAUUCUCUCAGUCGCCGCACUGAAACAGCAGGAUUUGAGAAGAAGGGAACGAAGCUGGUAUACAAUAAUGGGGACUCCUCCUUUGGCUUCGAUCUGCUUCAAGGCAAUGUCACCUGGGCCAAGAAUGGGGUUGAUGUUUUUCAGCGCGGCCCAGAGCUCUCCUUCUACCGGGCCCUGACUCAAAACGAUGCUUCUGGUUCAGGCGAUGGUCCCAUGUGGGAACGAGCUGGCAUUCCAAUGAUCUACCCUCAAGUUAGAGAUGUCACCUGGAACACCGAUCAAAGCGGCGCUACGGUUCACUACAAGGUAUGGGUUGGCGUCAAGACUCAAGCGUGGGGCAUUGAGGCGAACAUGGCCUACAAGAUUCCCUCUUCCGGUCCACAACUCCAGCUUCAAGUUAGUGGCGAAUUCAUUGGCAAGAAUUCUUCUCAUACGAUUCCACGCAUCGGGCUCAUGGCUGUUCUACCCGAGUCCUUCGACAACGUGUCGUGGUUCGGCCGCGGCCCAGGUGAGAGCUACAAAGACUCUAAACAAGCAGGUCGUAUUGGACAGUACAACUCUACCGUACCAGACUUGUUUACGCACUACGACUACCCCCAAGAGAACGGCAAUCGUGAAGAUCUGCGCUGGCUCAAGAUCGGAAACAAGGACACUACGCUUGAGGCGAGACGUACAAAGGGCGAGGCUUUCAGUUUCACAGCGAGAAGGUAUAUGCCUUUUGAUCUCGACGAUGCCAAACACCCUCAUGAUUUGAAGCCCUUGAACAUGACAGUUCUGCAUCUCGACUACGACAGCAAUGGCCUGGGCAGUGCGACCGUUGCUGUAAGGCCGUUUGAACAGCACAGGUGUUAUAUGAAGCCUUUUAACUUUACAUUUGACUUCAAUGUUGUCUAG